AUUAAUAUUCUUCAUCAAUCACAGCACGCUGCGUUGAUGGCACACUGAUUCACAGGUCCUGUACCACGGGCAUACGCACCAUUCAUUGCGCAGUGAGUGAGGCCGGGGUAAUCUGUAUGGAGACAGUGGAUCGCUCCUAGCCGGGUUGGGCACGCGACAGCCCCGGUCUGUGCCGCGAUUGGACACUGACUGUAGUGGGCUGGAUUCUUCUCAUCCUCCCUCUUCCCCUCUCACAUGCAGGAGAGACAGGGAGACAAAAGGGUACCGUACGGAGGUCUGACAGUGGCACCAACAGCUACAGAGACUGGCUACUUUACGAGGUGAAACUACGCUCGACUGAGCCUGCAGUAUCAAUAAAAGAAUCGGCACAACGGAACCGGAGACCUAAAGAAUUAUCUUUGGAUCACAACGUUUAUACAUUCAAUUUAAUAUGUAAAUUUAGCAUCCCGAAUGAAGAAACAAUAAAAGAUUCCUGCAUGCAUUGUGAAUCGAAAGUCAGGGUUGCCGGUUGAUCGCCCUCCUCAGCCCCGCGCCCCACGCCCCGCGCCCUCGGCAGAAUGAGCGCCUCCCCCGUGGCCUCCCGCCCCUCGGUCGACAUCCUGGAGGAGCUUCAGCUCAUCGCUGCCCAGAACCUGGAGAAGCUGGAGAUCAACAAAUACUACGAUGUCAUUCAGGAGCUGGGCAAGGGCACCUACGGCAAGGUGGACCUGGUGGUCCAUAAGAUCAGAGGUACUAAAAUGGCGCUGAAGUUCCUCCGAAAGAAAACGACCAAGCUUAGGAGCUUCCUCCGUGAAUACAGUGUCUCCCUGUACCUGUCUCCCUGCCCAUUCAUUAUCAACAUGUACGGCAUUGCCUUCGAGACCGACGAAUACUACAUCUUUGCACAGGAGUACGCCCCAGCCGGGGACCUCUUCGAUAUCAUCCCCCCACAGGUGGGGCUGCCGGAGACGGUGGCCAAGCGGUGCGUCCACCAGGUGACCAUCGCCCUGGACUACCUGCACUGCAAGAAGCUGGUGCACCGCGACAUCAAGCCCGAGAACGUGCUCCUGUUCGACCGCGAGUGCCGCAAGGUGAAGCUGUCGGACUUCGGCAUGACGCGGCGGGCGGGCUCCCCGGUGAAGCGCGUGAGCGGCACUAUCCCCUACACGGCCCCGGAGCUGUGCGACGCCUCGCGGAGGGAGGGCUUCUGCGUGGACUACAGCACGGACGUGUGGGCCUUCGGCGUGCUGCUCUUCUGCAUGCUGACGGGAAACUUCCCCUGGGAGAAGGCCCUGCCGUCCGACGGCUUCUACGAGGAGUUCGUGCGCUGGCAGCGGCGGCGGGGCGGGGCCGUGCCCUCCCAGUGGCGGCGCUUCUCGGACGAGGCGCUGCGCAUGUUCCGGAAGCUCCUCUCCCUGGACCCGCUGCGCCGCUGCGCGGUGAAGGAGGUGUUCGCGCACCUGGGCCACGGCUGGAUGCUGGACGGAGAGGGAGCGGCCGCCUGCUCCGCCGAGCUCAGCCCCGCCUCUUCCUCCUCGUCCUCCUCCUCGUCCUCCUCCUGCGAAGAGGACGUGCUGGUGGACCGCAUGAAGCAGCAGACCCUCUCGCCCGUGUGCGGCGCGGCGCAGGCCGGCGUUGUCGUCAUGGACGCCGUGCCCUCCCACUUCGCCCCGGUGUCCACAAACAGCUACGAGCGAGUCUCCCGUGACAACACCAGCGGUGGGCGCAUCCUCGUGACCACGCCGAUUGAGAUCUGCGUGUAGGGGUGGCCAUUCUCCUUGUGAACCGAACAACUCCCCCCCCCUCCACUGCGUAUAUACACACACUAUUGGGCACACACACAAAUAAACAUGAAUGCACACUCUCACACACUUGCACUCUCGCUAACAAACAAACAUAGUUGAAUACGGUUCUUAUUUUAUUUUCCAAGCGGGAUUAAAAGAAGAUUAUCGCAUUUCAUUUUGGGGGAAAAAAAGGUAAUGCAAAUGAAUUCGCGAUCGCCAACUCAUUUGUUUUUAACUGCUGAUUCCCAGUGUUCUGAGUCACAGGGAAUUCUUCUGGAAGGUCUGGUUUGACUUUCAUGAUUCCCAAAAGCAUUCCUGAUGAUGACGUGGUCUGAGGGAGGUAGUCAGUCAGUUCUAGGUGUGUCAGCAGACCGAACACUAAACCAAUGACAGAAGGAAAACGUGUCCAGAUAAUGUGUUGCACCAUUCCCGAUGGAAGGUCGAUCCAUAGGUUGUUUCUUAAAGCAAUACCUUCAAUGUUUUCUCUGCAAAAAAAGGUGGAAGGAGGUUCAGACGUGUCCAGGUAUUCAGUGGCAUCAGUGUGGAGGGAAAGUAUGACUUUUAUUUCUAAAGCUGGCAGAAAUGCAGCACUUUAAAAAAAGAAGACAGACUAACAUGUUUCUUGAAGAAAAAAGAAAAAAAAUCAUAUUGUGCCGUUUACUGUACUGAAAUGUGAACAAUGGCACUAUGAUGUGCCUGUAUGUAAGUAUACUGUGUGUUCAAAUGGAGGUUUCACCAAUGUGCGAGGCCAAGUCUUAAUUUCAUCUUUCUGGUUUAUGUUAAUUAUUUGAAUCUUGAAUUCUCGGAAAUAUAUUUUUGCUAUUUGUUGUAAAUUGAUGUUAGAUGAUUUUUUUGAUACUUUGGUUCGCUAAAUCUGAUGGGUGUGCUUACCAGAUGAAUCAAGUGGGCACGGAUCAAUGUUAAUUUUUUACGAAUAAUUUAAGUCAUCAUGCUCGUAUUUCUGAAUGGAAACGGUGUCAGAAAGCACCCGGGACAGUGACCAUUGACUGCGGUGACCAGCAGUUAUCUAGGACUAUAACCAUAUUGUUUUUUUGUACAGUGGUUCUUCAUCUCAGUUGGAUUCUCUUUUUGAUCCACAGUAUGAACCCAAGCUUUGUUUAAUGGGACAGUGAACAUACCUCCAUUUACAUUCCUGGCAUAACAACCAUUAUAUUCUAUAACUCCUAAUAUAUAACUCCUCAGCCAUGCUGCUGAGAUAUGAGUUUCGGGAAGUUUCUUGUCAUUUCACCCAGACUGUUGCCCUGAAGAUUAAUGGGAAUGAGUGAACUUGGGUCAAAGGAGACCGGAACCUUUGAAUAUGAGCUGGAGUAAUUAUAGUCCCAAAACUAAUGUUAUAAAAUAAUUAUUCAGCCACUCUGUAAACCAACAAACUGCCUGUCUUCAUUAUUUAUUCAGUGAUGAUCAUCAUGGUUAAAAUGGUGGGUAAUUAUAAUACUUCUAAUGUACAACAUUGUGUCAGUUGAUGUGGUUUAACCACAAUCAUUGCACACAGUAAAUGCAGAGGUAUUGUGUUGGAAUAUUACUGAUUUAACAAAAUGUGGAACAGUAGUCAUAUCAAUUGUAAUGUGGGGACUUGUCUAAUAUUCCAUCCAAGCAGCUUGAUUAGGACUUCAUUCAAGACCAAAUGAAUUAUCUGCCAGUUGACACUCUUUGUCCUGGUGUCUUUCUAUCAUAAUGAUACCAGCUGGUGCUUGGAAACUGAUGUCAAUUUCAGUGUAAAACCAGUAUGCUAAAUUCAACCGAUACUUAUUAAAACAUACAUCCAUUACAUGUGAAUCAAAAACAGAGCUACAGUGUUAUGUUUUUCUUGAUUUUUGUAGACACAAUCCGAUGAUCGGCCACUCUGUGGUAAUUAUAAUUGUGUAUAUUGUGUUUACAAAAAGAAAAGAAAAACAUUGAAGAUGUUUAAGGGCAUUUAAAAAAAAAAAUUGCAUGGAGCUAUAAACCACCAUCUUCUUAAAUGUAAAUGAAAGUGGCGCGCUUGCAUAUAAGUUGCUGUGUGGUGAAAUUUUGCUAUUGCACAGUUUCUUGUGGAAUAUUCCAGAGAAUGGAUCGUCUCCAUGGUUUCUGGAAAUAAUCUACAGUAGGGCUAAAACAAAUUCAAUUGUGUACUCUAUUUGUACUGUAUAUGUUGUAGUUGUUUUAUUACAAAGUCUGACAUAAUCAAGAGGUCCUAUGAGCUAUUGCUCAUUGCAUGGGGGAUGCAGCCUGCAUUUGACUGAUGAUUAUCUCUGAGAUAGAGGGACUUAAUAUCGUCAGACGUGGUAAUAAAAUGUUCCUUUCUCCUCAUUUGGUUGAUGGAAUUUACCUUUUGAGAAAAACCUCCACGAUGAAAAAAUUUGAAAAUGUGUGAAGAACAACCAAACAUUGUCUUCAUUGAAAAAAAAAAAUCUGAAAAAAAAAAUCUAUGUAUUUGGGCAAAAAAAAUGAGUGAGAGGUAUUUUGUAUUAGACUGUCUUUGUGUGUUGUGUUUUGUAGAAAUGAUUGCAUGAAUUUAACAAUAUUGUCAUGGAAAUAAUGACGUCCUUUUGUGCAGGAAGCGCAGCAUCUUUUGCCAUGCAGAAUCAUCACAACACAAUCGCAUUUAUAUUUCCCAUGUCUUCCUCAAUGCUAGUAAACUCAUAUUAUGACAUACCUUUGCACUUGCUCAGUGACUUCAGAGUGCAACCAACGUUCCAGUCCUUAAGUAUAGAUAUCCACUGCAUAUCACACUAUCUAUAGGGCCAACUGUUUGUCUCCACCAUGUGAUCUGCAGGGAUUUAAACUUGUUUUUCAGUGGUUGUUCUCCACAGGUCCCCAUAGGACCUCUGAAGGCACAGUCGAGUGACUAACUGUGCAGCUGAUUUUCUAAUUAAGACAUUCAUAAAAACAUUUAGUUGAUCCAGGAAGGAAAGUGAACAUGGAUUUAAAUGCUAUGAUAAACAGUGGUCUUCACUCCUGGUCACAGAGAGCCACAGGGUCUGCCGGCUUUUGUUAUCGUUCAGAACUUCAGUAGCACUGCAGUUGAUUCAUUAAUGCAGUUUAUUACAUAGUUAACGCCGGUAGGCUGGGUUCUUGGGUCUGAAUCAAUCGCUGAUCUAAAGAAAACUAAAACGGCAGACUCAGUGGCUCUCCAGGACCAGGAUUGAGGAUUGAGUAUCACUGCUGUAAAGAGAUGCGUCAGUAUGAAGCAGGGGAGUCAAAUGUUAUCCUAAAAGGGCAGGUGUGGCUGCGGGCUUUCCUUUUAGCCCAGCACAAAAACACCUCAUUCUAUGUAAAAGUCUUGAUUGAAGACCAUGAUUAGUUAAUGAGUUGAAUCAUGAAUUUGUUUUAUGUAACUUUUCUUGGACAAGUUAAACGUUAUAUAACCGCUCUCAUUUUUUUUAACGUGGGUAUUUCCUACUGCUUCUAACAAAAUCAUGUCCCUGGGCAAAAAAACAAAUACUGCAGCAUGUCCACAGUAGUAAGUCAUCAAAUAGAAUUUAACAUCAUCUGUGUGUAAUUAGUGCCAAGUACUUUAUCAAUUUAAGAUUAUUGAGGUGGUGCAAAUGGGAGAACUGUUUGAGAAGGGGCUUGACAAAUCGGCUAUCGCAACCUUCCAGCUGGCUGUGGUCUGAAGAGCAAUGCAAGGAAACAAGGGGAGACAAACUGGUGGUACAAAAGUUUCUUCAAACAUUCAUGGUCCCAGUGCUGAAAUGAGAUUUCUUGUCCCAUCUUCAUGUGACAUUUCGAUGCUGCUGCUGCGUUUUCUUUCUUUCUGUGGAGUUCUAACUAGAAGAAAAACACGACGGUAGAAUUUGUCCAACUCAGCCGUAGCAAUACAGUCUUCCUCGGAAGCUACUUCUUUCAUUGAUUGAAAAUAAAGAUAAAGGAUGUUAAAGCUAAAUUAUGGAUGUCUUGCUUUAAUUGUUUUCUGUUAGCUGCCAAACCGAGUAAUGGAUAUUAAAGUGUGGCUGACGGACAGACAUAUAUUUACUGUGCGAAGCCAGAAGUAAAGAAGCCAUGUAAAAAAAAAAAAAACAGGAGUUGCUUGGCUUCAGUUUGAAACACAUGAUGAAAAAUACAGGCUUUUUCAACAUGCAACCUAUCUCCAUAGUUAUAUUUCAUAAGCUAGAAGUUUCGUUUCAUUCAUUAAUUUAAACAUGCUUGUGAAGUACUUAUGGUUUCUAAUACAACUGAAAGAAAAAAUAAGAAAUGUCAUAUUUUUGAACUAAAUUCAGCAUGUAAAAUUGGUUUCAUCCCUUUUUCAAAUGAACUAGAUUUUUCUUUGUAAAUGUUCAUUUAUUUAAAGGUUGUUGAAUAAACAAUUUCUUACAACCA